CGCUCGUUCUCUUCCAUUCCCAAAGCUCUUCGAUUUCAUCUUGCUAUCAUAAUUGCUCUUCCAAUGCCUAACUCGAUCCACAGCGUCGAACCUCAUCAACACCAUCUAGCCUGGGAUAACAGCAUUCCACCCAUCUUACGCAUCCAAUCCGGCGAGACCGUCACCUUCGACUGUCUCGACGCCUCCAACGGCCAAGUCACCCCCCAAUCCGUCGCCACCCUCCUCCCAACCCUCAACUUCUCCCACCUCGAUCAAGUCUCCGGACCUAUCCACAUCGCCGACGCUCUUCCAGGCGAUACGCUCCAAAUCGAGGUUCUCGAGCUCCAGACGGCACCCUGGGGCUGGACGGGAAUAUUUCCAGGGUUUGGACUAUUGGGGGACGAGUUCCCCGACCCCGCGCUCAAGAUAUGGGAUUUGCAUUCAAGGGACGAGGGGCUCGAAGAAGGAUAUGCGUGGUUCAGUAAGGAGAAGGGAGUGAGAGUGAGGUUGAGGCCGUUUAUGGGUGAGAUGGGUGUGGCGAGGGGCGUGGAUGGGGCGUUUUCGACGAUUCCGCCGUAUAAUACUGGGGGAAAUAUUGAUACGAGACAUGUUACGGUGGGGUCGAAGUUGUUCUUGCCGGUCGAGGUGGAAGGAGCUUUGUUUUCGGUCGGGGAUGGACAUGCUGCUCAAGGGGAUGGAGAGGUCUGCGGGACGGCGAUCGAAACGCCCAUAAAAAUAACCCUUCGUUUCACCGUCCUCAAGUCGAAAUCCUACACGAAGACGCCACACUUCCAGACGUCGAAAGUCCCUGGAACGGAUAACGAAGAGUACUACUGUACUACUGGUGUCGACUCAGAUAUCAAAGAAGCCACCCGAGCAGCGACGAGGAAUAUGGUCCAGUUCCUUUGUGCAGAGAAAGAAUUGACGAGGGAAGAGGCAUAUAUGCUUUGCAGCGUCGCUGGUGACCUUAGGAUGCAUGAAGUUGUUGACAUGCCGAACUACGUGAUUGGGAUGAUGAUGCCCAUGUCUGUGUUCGUGGGUCAGUAGCGAUUUAGCAUGCUUUGAAGAGAAUUGGUAUGGUAUAUCACAGCAAGCCUCAGACGUGUGUAGGAAUGUACAGUAUAUGGCCGUAUCGAAGUUGUAUAACACACUGCGAGU